AUGGGAAGGACACAAAGAACGGGAAGGACGACAAAGCCUCCUGGUGGUGGAACUGUUACAAUAAAUCUCGAGUCUGAGGGUUACGCUGAUCAACCUUCAAGACAUCGCACAUGUUGGAAGCAUAUCCAAGCUCUUAUUUAUGGUCAAAGAAAGAGGAUAACCAAACAACAAGCUGAAGAGAUUGAAAGCUUUAAAUUAACAUCCCCAUGCUUUUUUCACACAAUCCCUCACCGUGAACGAUCAAAGAAAAGAUUCAAGCACAAGAAUGCAGUCUCUAAACUUAAAAAAGAGCUAGAUAGUGUUGAUUUUGACUGCUACCUGGAAAAUUUGUGGAAGAGCUUCUCAGAAGAUAGGAAGGCGUCCUUCACAUACCUUGACAGCUUAUGGUUUACCAUGUAUGCAGAAGCAUCCUCUGGAGAGAAAGUACUGAAAUGGAUCAAGAGGAAGAACAUCCUUUCAAAGAAAUAUGUUCUUGUUCCUAUUGUUCGCUGGAGUCACUGGAGCCUCUUGAUCUUCUGCCACUUUGGUGAGAGUAUGCUAUCAGAAAACAUAACGCCAUGCAUGUUGUUGCUGGAUUCGCUUGAUAUGGCAAACCCAAAGCGGCUUGAACCAGACAUAAGAAAGUUUGUAUGGGACAUCUACGAAUCAGAGGGCAGGCCAGUAAACAAGCAUAUGAUUUCUCAGAUUCCAUUAUUGGUGCCUAAGGUGCCACAACAGAGAAAUGAUGUAGAAUGUGGGAACUAUGUCCUCUACUUUAUAAAUUUAUUUGUGCAGGAUGCUCCCGAGAAUUUUAGCAUGGAGGGUUACCCUUAUUUUGUAGAUGUUAAGGGUAGGAAAAGAUCAGCCAAUGAAGCAAGAGAUUAUGAGCGCCGAUUGGAAUUUGGUAACCGAGGUAUGAAGGCUGGAAAGCUCAAACCUUCUCAGGCUUUCAAUUUUGUUUCAUAA